GUACGUGUGUCAUGUUGUCCAGCUCAGGUUUUAUAGCCCAGCUGUCUAAAAAUAUAAUGUUAAACAGGCUCGGGGAGUGGUCACCAGUCCGUCUGUAGUUUUUCUGUUUAGGGAGAUCUUUGUUGAUACUCAGAGCCGGUUUACACAUGUUCAUUAAGGAAAGGGGUUCUGCUUCCUGCUUAGCAACAGAUUUAAAUAAGGGAUGUGGGUUUUUUGGGGCGUUUUUAGGGAAUAACAGAUGAACAAUGAGCUCCUGCGUGGUGAAAUCCAAGAGGAGGAAUCCAUAUGCAGCAGUGCAGGUAGACCCUGACAGUGAUUACGUCACACCUGGAACAUUGGACCUGGAGCAGCUCUUCUGGACUGGCACCACAGCUCAAUAUACCCAUGUCAAUCAGGUCUGGCCAAGGAUUUACAUCGGGGAUGAGAAAACGGCUCUUGAGCGGCCUGGGCUCAGGGAUCUGGGUGUCACUCAUGUCCUGAAUGCAGCAGAAGGAAAGUGGAACAAUGUGCUGACUGGAGCUAAUUACUACAGCGACCUGGACAUCCAGUACCUUGGUGUGGAAGCUGACGACAAACCCACCUUCAACAUCUCCCAGUACUUCUUCCUGGCGGCAGAGUUUAUCCAUGAGGCCCUGAGCCGCCCACAGAAUAAGGUGCUGGUUCACUGCGUGAUGGGUCGCAGCAGGUCAGCCACUCUGGUCUUGGCGUACCUGAUGAUGAAGCACGGCUUAACUGUAGUGGAAGCCAUUGAGCAUGUGCGGCAGCACCGCUGCAUCCUGCCUAAUCACGGCUUCCUGAAACAGCUCAGAGCGCUGGACAUCACGCUGCAGGAGGACAAGCUGAGACGGAAAAGAGACAUGGAAGACCAAGAAAGCAAAACAGAAACAUGACAUACCUCUUUAUUUUCUUUGAUGUAACCCGGUGUGAAUAUAAAUGUAAAUUUUUUUCUCAUAAUUAUGUUGUACUUUCCUUCUUCUUGCAUGGUGUUGCAUGCAGUUCCAAUGAGAAUUUCAUAAAUUCAUCAUAUAAUUGAAUCCCAUGUCAAUAUUGUCCUUUUAAUAAGUUAAUUUAGCUUUUUUUCCCAGGCUGUAAAGAUUACACAGCAAUUAAUGCAUUUUCAAUACAAUUGCUUGCAAGUUUGAACCUAUUGUGGAUUUUCUCUAAUCCACAAAGGACUAUAAUUAUGAUUAACUGAUUUAUAAAUUGAACCACUGAAACAUGAAUUUUGUAGCCAUAAAUGGACACCUUAGAUAAUCUUGGCUACAUAUUUGCCCUGUUUUCUUAUCAGAAUUGGCAUAGUUCAAUUCAAUUAGAUUGUUUGAUUUUCUUGCAUCACCUGGUUUUGCACAUAGUCAUUUAUGAAGUUUUGUUAUGUUUGAGGUCGAGUCUUUGGGUGGACCGUUCAACAUUACCUCACUUUGUAUGAUUUAGUUCAGUUUUUAUUUUGUCCUGUGUUUUAGUUCUCGUGUUUUGAGUUAUUCCUGGAUUUUGUAUUUAUCUCUCGGUUCCUUUAUCAUUCCUUUUGUUUAAGUGCUUUUUCUCCUUUGUGUCUCCAGCUGCAUCUGUUAGUUUAUUCCCCUGGUUUCCAUUAAAAUUCACCUCAUCGUGUUGUUUGUCGCCCUCCUGUUUGCAUUUGGGUCUUUCUCACUAACUGUCAGGCAUGAUAGUGCUACACCCAAAAAUGCUGGGUAAUUUUUGUUACACCCAUCUAGUAAUAAAUUCAAUAAAAGGCUCAAAUUGUU